AGUCGCGGCAUCGUUUCAGUCUCAAUCGAGCAUCGCGGCUGUGCGCGCAGGCAGUUGUUCGCCUUCUCGAAAAACCUCGUGCUUCUGCAAUGUAGUUCCGUCAUCGAAAAACAAAAAAGUACAACAGAAACAUCGGCCUGUCGGUGACGAUUCGAAGACGUUUCCAGUUACUUCUAGGAUUUAGUUCGAUUUGCUCAUUGUUUUCAGAUAAAUAGAGCAAGACCGAGGAAAUAGAAAAUGACUUUGAAAGCGAAAUCGAUUUUGUCUGUAUUGUGCAGUGUCAUUUGAUUUCCAAUCAAGCUAGUUCAUUCCGUCAAAAUGAAGAUAAAACACUAUCCAGGGAAAGCUGUGAUCAACGAUCCAGCCUGGCUGGAGAUGGACAUCUCGAAUAAGGUCAGAAGUCAGCAGUAUGAGGCCAACUGGGAAGAUACACAGAAAUCUCUAUCGAAUCAUAGUUCUGCUUCAAAUUCUUGGGACAAAUACAGCCACAAGAGCUUAGAGGGAACCAUAUCCAGUAGGCUAGGUCAGUAUCAGAACAUUCUGGAUGAGAUCAACAAAGAAGGGGAAGACCUUUACGCCGUGCCUGUGAAAACUAAGACUGGAAAAGACAGCAUGAGGCUGAAGUAUCAUAGUGACAAGUGUUUGUCAAAGAUUAACUCGAAAAAUUCGAGGAACCUGGACAACGAGGUGAACAAGUACUUCUUUCCUUCGCAGUCUAAUAAGCAGCUGAAAUUGGACGCUCAGUCAGUUCCGAAGCCUAAACCUAGGAAGAAACUCUUGAUGCCUUCCCAAAAUACCAAACAGUUCAACACUGUGAUAGAAGAUCUGCAAAAACACAUGAAAAAGUCUGUGAGAUUUGACGAAGUGAGUACAGAAAUAGGUAAGGACAGUACUAGAAUCACAACAAACCCUUUACCAGAGUUGAUCGAGGCUCUACGAAAAACCUCCAAAGGAUCUUCGGACUCUGAGGAGGUUACUCAGGAGAGAGUAAGCACAUGGAUAGACGAUCAGAACAAGUAUAUCGUGAAAGUGGACGAGGAAAAGUCGAAGCAAACAUCAUCUUUGACCAGGACAGACAGCGGAUACUACGAACACUCCGAAAAACCUAGACAACGUCUUCCUCCAAAAAACAUCUACCCCUCUUCGUCUUCUUCCGGUGAUCGGUGCUCUGCCAAGUCUUCUUCCGCUUCCACGGACAGUGAUUACAAGGAAGUGUACCAUAGUUUAUACAAAAACGGUUCAAUUCCAAAACACAAAGUAGUGACACAGCAGCCGAAAAUACGCGAAAAGACAUCACCUACGUCACGCAAGGGUGGCGGUGGUGAAUCGAACGAGUUUGUUAUCCCCAGACCUAAGUUGAUUGUGCCCGUGCAUACUUACGCGAUGAGAAAGAGGAGGACCGGAAAUAUUUUACCGGAGUGUUAUGAUUCGGAUUGCAAUAGUGUGCUGGAGGAAGUUACUGAAAAAGGGAAGAAAG